AUGACACGUUCCACAAAUAAAGAAAAGAAGGUUAGUUUUGAGGCUUCUGAACAAAAGCAAGUAAGAAUAGAGGAGGAAGAGCAAAUAUCACAAGGGUCCAGUUCUGAAUCAGAACACGAAGGAACAAAUGAUUUAGAAGAAAAUGAUGAAUUUGAUAUAGAUAAAGAAGUAGAGGUGAGCGACGAAGACAGAGAACAAGAAGAAGAUACAUCAUCUUCAGAAGCAGAAGAGGACGAAGAAGCUGAGGAUGAGGAUGAAGAGGAUUCGUUCCCAUUGAAGAAGAAAAGAAAGAAGAACGUUGAUGAUGGUUCAGAAUCAUUCGCUACAGCUUUCAAUGCCAUUUUAGGAUCCAAGUUGAAGGCAUACGAUAGAAAAGACCCUAUUUUGGUAAGAAAUAAGACAACCCUCAAGCAAAUAGAAAAUGAUACCUUAGAGCAAAAGGCUAAACGGGCAAUUUUAGCUGAAAAGAAGCAGAAGAUGGAUAAACAUAGAAUAAGAAACCUCCUUCCCGCUAGUGAUCAGCCGGAGAAUGUAAGAAAAACAAUUGAGUUUGAACGUCAAUUGAAAAAGACUGCUCAAAAGGGUGUUGUUCGAUUAUUUAAUGCUGUUUUGGCCACACAAGUUGGUACAAACCUGCAAAUAUCAAAGGAGAAGGUUGGUUUAAAGAAGAAGGAGGAAUUAAUGACUGAAAUCUCUAAGGAAAAAUUCCUUGAUUUGGUUCAAGCUGCUGGUCAAUCCUAA